AUGGGAAACGAAGUGGCUAAGGCAAAACCAUUAGCAAACCCACACACAAGUGUGCUGCUCAGCGACGCGCUUCACGUCGACAAAGAAACACUCCUUUUUAGCGACGAUAUUCUGGAACUCAACAAAAAGUAUCGUGACGAUAUCUUCAUCACGAACCUCCAAAACUUCAAGCUUAGUUUCAAACUCGAGCAAAUAUUUGAGAAGGACUUCCAGCUCAAAUUCAAGCCAGAAAAGGGAACAAUUGGACCAAAAGGAAAGAAGAAGAUUAAAGCUUCAUUAAUUUUAAGACAGAAAAUUAAUAAGAAUUUCAAAGUCAAUCUCAGCGCUGAAACACAGGGACAAAUAUUCUUGAACGUCAGAUUGAGAUCAGAUUCAGGAGUUUUUGGUGUCGACCCAGAAACACUGGAAUGGCUCCAACAUCCAACUCUUAAAUUCACUCUUCCACAAAUACUUAUAACAUUGGACGUCGCUUUUCGAGAGAAAGGUGGGUAUACAUCUGAAGGUGUUUUCAGACUUGCUGGAGAAGCAGGAAUGGUUAAACGUUUAAAACAGUUGUUAAACAACUCAAACGGAACGAUCACGAAUGACAUGAUCGGAGCAACCGUCGACGAGAUAUCCAAUUUGAUAAAGCUGUGGUUCAGAGAGCUACCAAAGCCCAUUUUGAAUGUUUUAUCAUCAGACCAAAUUUUCUACUCAACAGAACCAACGGAAAGUUACAAAGCGUUCCAAACGCUCAACGAAAGAUCGCGAAAUCUUCUCGGGUGGCUUUUUAAUUUGAUGAUCGAAGUUUCCAAAAACAGAGACACAAAUAAAAUGACUGUUCAGAAUUUGGCUAUUGUGAUUGCUCCAAAUUUGUACGAACCAGAAACAACGGAUCCAAUGGAAGGACUGAUGAUGUCUCAAAAGGCGGUACAAUUUGUCCAGAACUGUCUUGUUUACAUCGAAUCUAAUAAAGAAGAGAAAGAGCAAUAA